AUAAUAUAUAUGCAAAAGUAUAUUAGAAAGCCGUUUUGAUCAAUAAAUGCCAUAAACUUUCACUGCUUUUCAUAAGCAAUGUAACAGCUUGUGACGGACUCUGUAACUGCGAAAGUGUUUCGAAGUGUUUUUGUUUUUUUUUUUGGAAUUGUACAUUUCGGAAAAUUCAUUCUGGCAUACAUAUAUAUUUGUAUGUAUGUUAUGUUCCAAAAAAUUUUCGGUGUCAAAAUGGUCGAGUUAUAAUUAUAGAAUUUGGCAUUCGGCGCGUUCGUGUUGAGAAACGUUGGAUUCUGAAGCGGCAUUGUGAAUACUCACGUGAAACUACAAACAAAAGAGAAUUUGAGAUUAUGAAAAGGAUGUCGAAAUUUUAUGGGUGCAAUUAAAAAUAGCUGCAUAUGAAGUGUGUGACAAAAUGUACGGACAUUUUUUAAAAGAAAAAUAUGAAAAAGUAAAAUAAAUAGUUAAAAAAAACCAUAAGAAAACUUAAGUUUAUACUGAUUUAAAUAAAACAGCAAACCAAAAAAAACUACUUGAAUUAGCGCAAACAUUCAACCACCUUCUUCUAAACCAUGGAGUCGCAGCACGUGCAACCAGAAGGCGUCACAGUGCGACGUCGGCACCGCAAGCUAACCCGACCGCAACGUGAGAAAACACCCGACCCCACAGCAAAAGCGACAAAUGGCCGACGACGCUACUCCGAAGAUGAAAGCAGUGCGGUAGACGGCAACACUGCUGCCGAAGAGGCAGCCGGCGUCCAAAGCGUGCGCAUGCAAAUACGGCCACCCGGCGCCAUAUCCGCGCAUGAGAGUAAAAUACUGCGGCGACGCGAUAAGACAUUCGGCAACUCGGCCGCACGCAGUCUAUCACAGCCACGUGAAGCCGAACGGCUGACCAGCCCCGAAGCGGACGUGCUCAUGCGUAGCGCAAAGCAACGUAGUCUCUCCUCGCCACGACACAAGGAUGAGUCCAGCGAAGAGUUCGAGCGCAACGGCAGACCAGCUCGUCCAACUGCCGAUGAGAAUAUUAGCCGGCUGGAGCAAAAUUUGCGACGCUUCGAGGAGGAACGUAAACGCUUCGAGUCGGAUAAACGUCAGUUCGAGCGUGAGAAACGUGAAAAUCGGUUGCGUUAUAAGCAGUUGCACGACAGCGAUGAGCGCAAACGUCUGCUGCAGAAUUAUCGUAAACUAAGCGAUCGCAUACAAUUGCCGGCAGAUGCCGAAGAAAGACGACGCAUAGUGCACAGUUUGAGGUUGCAACGUAAUGAAGCGCCAACACUACAGCCACGUCAGCGACACAGCGGAUACGAAGAAUCCUCCACACAAUUCUCCUCAUCCGAAGUAGACGAUGUGGAGGAAUCUAGAGCGCACAGAUCGGAGAAGCAUACGCAUCCUGUGCGCCGACAAGUGUCAGCCAUUACCGGUACGGUCAAUUAUGUAGCCGAUGUGCGUGGUCCACCACCACAACCGCCGGAGCGACGCAGUGUCAGUCGCAAUCACUCACUAUCACCAAUACGACCGCAAAGGCGUUCGAAGACACCAGAACAGCGUGCGGAAAUUAUGCGUCGACUUGCUGAAAAUGAGGCCAGUAACAGCAAGUCAACUAGCAUAACACCAGAGCCGCAGUCUCCUGCCACACCCAUGGAGCAUAAAAUACCGGAACAUACGAAGGUACAGCUACCAGCCGAAAUGGGUGAAGUGCGCCGCCGUUACAGCACGCCACGCAAGGAUUCGCUUACUGAAAUUGCCAAACGCAGGAAACAAAGCUUGGAAAAAUCUCAACUGGAAGCAGCAAUGCUGGCGGCGGCUAAAGAAGCAGAGGCCGCUAGAUUAGAGGAGGAAGCACGUAAAGCAGAGGCUGCUGUGCCGCUAAUGACAACUAUAAUACGCAAAAUAUUCGGACUAUUCAUCGGGAAACCAACCGAAAAACCAGAAUCCAAAAAAGAACCAGAAGUUCAUUUCGCCUCCGAAGAGCUGCUUUUGCCCCAGGAUUUAAUUGCCGAAGAUUUACCCAAAAAUUUGAUAUCUAAAGAACUGAUACGUCAUCUCUACUUCGAUGUACGUCUGCAGUGGCGUCACAUGAAAACCGAUUUCCCCAAAGAGCUAAACACUAUGCGGCUAUUGCGUAAUAAAUGCGUGGCAGAGUUGAUACUGCUCAUACUGCUUUGUGGUUUCGGUGGUCUAAUGUUCCGUUACACCGAGGGCACAUCGGAGAAUAUCUACAAAUGUGAAGUGCGUAAGGUGAAGCGUGACUUUAUCGAUAAUCUCUGGACAGUUAGUCACAAUAUGAGGGAAGACGAUUGGAAAUCGCUAGCGCGUCAGAAGCUCCGAAAAUUCGAAGAUGAACUGAAUUCACUCGCUGAAUUGGGUAUACGUCGAUAUCCGGGUCAGAAAUCGUGGAAUUUUGUCAAUUGCAUACUAUUCUGUUGGACCGUUAUAACAAGUAUAGGUUAUGGUCACAUUGCUCCCGUAACAACUUUCGGCCGCACCUUGGCCAUCGUCUAUGCCAUAAUUGGUAUACCGUUGUUUUUGCUCAUACUUGCGGAUUAUGGUAAACUCUUUACGCGUGCGCUGAAAUUCCUUUGGGUCUAUGUGCGACGGCUAUACUACACGGGCACUUGUCGUAACAUACGAAAACAUCAGUCGGUGCGGGACGCCAUGAAAUUGGCACGGCGUUCGAGUAUGUUCUUCGGACGUGAACUGGAUAUUGAGUCACACACAACUGGUCCGGAAACACCAUCGUCACCAUUCGAUGAGACAUUCGAAAUCGAUGAUGAAUUUAAUUUACCCAUUUCGGUGGCUUCAUUCUUGCUGAUCAGUUACAUCUUAAUUGGAGCGCUCUUCUACUCAAUGUGGGAGAAUUGGACUUAUUUCGAGGCGUUCUACUUUGUCUUCAUCUCGAUGUCCACCAUUGGUUUCGGUGAUAUGGUGCCAAAGCAUCCGAUCUUUAUGAUGUGUAGCAUACUCUACUUGGUCUUCGGUUUGGCGCUCACAUCUAUGUUCAUCAAUGUGGUGCAGAUUAAGUUGAGUGAUACCUUCAAGCAGGCCUCGAUUAAGUUGAGCACUACGAUUGGUAUAGAUUUGCCGCCCGAUGAGAAUGCUGAGGGUGCGGAAGGAAAUGCUGAAGAGGGCACAGCGAGUGUGACGAGAAGUCAGCCAAGUGCAACGCCAACGAAAGAUGUUGAUCUAAGGAAUCCGCCACCAGCACCACCACGUCCGAACAGCAAUAAUGUGCGUUGGAGCGAAAGUCCGCCACCGCUGCCGAGUCGUAAACAAGAAGCCGAAAGUCAAGAGGAAGUGAAGAAAAAGGGUUGGUGGUUUUGGUAGAAGAAGAGCAGGUGCAAAGUACGAGUAUAAUGAAAGCAAGCUUAUGUUGCUUUGCUGUGACUAUUAUUGCAGUACUUGAAGCUUAAAGCUUUGAGGCUAUAAAAGCUUGAAAGCUUUAUAUAUUGUAUUUACUUGUACUUGUACUACGCAACAGCUGCAUCUAACUGUGUCUUUUUCGAAUUUCUAGUAAAGCUUCCAAGAGUUUAAAGCUUUUAGUUUGACGGCACUUAUAUCCGUAUCUAUUAAGAC